AUGACCAGCCCGCGUCGAACCCGUUCUCAGCUUGCCCUCCCUGCCUUUGACCUCAACCAGCUAGCAAGAUCUCCUCUUAAGGAUGCUCGACAGGCUCUGCGAAACAACCAAUCUCCUCAGAGUAACCCUCUAGCAGAAGCCGGACCUCAUCUGUUCUCACCGCUGCGCAAGCAACACAAGCGGUCUUCGUCGCCGUUCAAAGACACAAACGCCUACGAAAGAGACUACAAGCGUGCCAAACAUGAUGACGGGCGCGAAGAGAAUUAUUCUCCUCUCCUCAGGCCACGACGACCACCGUCUGCGUCGUCUAUCCGUGAGGCGACCGCUCAGUUACACACACCGCCCAAUUUUCGUCGUGCUCAAUCCGUUCCUGCUUGGCCAUCGACUCCUCUAAUUGACUUAACGCGUGUCUCUCGGUCGCCUUCUAAAGCUUCGCCUAUACUACAUAUCGCAACCCUCCCCUCCGAACUAACGCACCCCAAUCAACCGACAGGUCAAGAGCCAUCGGCUCCUCUAGCAUUUGACCAUGCCUCACUCGUGCUCGCCCAUCCUUGCACUCCAGAUCAACCGACGUCACCUCCCAUCUCCCCACUGUCCCCGCUCACACCCCUCACUGACGCCGCGGGGUUCCCAUCUGAUGCCGUUCAAUCAUCCGACGACGUUGAAGUCACUCGCGGUGCUCCCAAACAGUUAUCUUUCCUACCAAUCAAUGAUGAUGCGGCUACGCCCAGGCCUGUUUUACCCGUCUCUAUGGUGGCGACUCCUUCAGCAGGCUUCAGUCGCCUCCCUCGACUAUCGCUUAUGCCAUCAUCUCGACCUCCAUCUUCGAAGAUCGAGCAAACGAAGCAGUCCAGGGCACCUUCUAAGAGACCAGAUAAGAGUCGUGCAAGGCUCGGCCCUAUCCCCCUCGGUGGACGCAUGACGCGGUCGGCGGCCCUGCGACAGAAGGAGAGCAUGAGACGAGAUGCCGAGGCCGCAAUAACGCUCACUGCGGGUGCUUCAUCUCAAGCGACGCCUGUUUCUCUUAGAUUCACUCCAGCCAAACCUGUUGCCGCCGCGGCAGACGUCUCCAAUAAACCCGCCCUAUCGGGUCUUCGCAAGCGCCGUUCCUUCACAUUCAGCUUUGCGCAACCUACCGCGAGCUCCGUGGCUAAAUCAAUACCGUCUUCGCCAGAGAAAGGCAAGGAGAGAGAGAGGCCUCGUUCCGGCCUACCAGUGGCGCCGACUUCGACUUCGAGCUCAAACGUGGUGCAAACGCCUACGGACACAGAGCACUCGCCAUUGAAUUCGUCGCUGUCGUCGCUGUCACUCGCAUUGCAGAAGCUGAACAUGCCCGCUCCUUCGAGGCCCAGUACAAGUAUGGGUUUCCACCCCGGGCCAGCAGGCACGAGCGAUCGUCCGCCGGUAGCAGAGAAUGCGGCAGAGUCUGCGCACCCGCGACCGCCAGCCUUCGGUCCGUCCCACCCUCGCCCGAACUCAGUGAUCGCAGGUCCAGUCCGCGCCACCUCUCUGCAACGCGCGAACACCGUGGCUGAUUUCUUCAGGACGCCGGCGCAACCGAGGCAGACAAUGCUCACGCCCACAGCAGCCAUGCGCACGAAGACACCGGACGCGAAGAAGCGCAUCAAUAUACACUCAGGCAUCGUCGUGGGAAAGCCGAAGGGAAACAUUGCGUUUGGCACGCCCUCGAGCUCCAACGCGCCCGGCCCGGCCGCAGCGCCCUCCAGCUCGAGUUCGUGGUCGGUGCUAACCCCAUCUACGAGUCGGCAUCCCGAAGCGUCUAGCGGCGGCACCGCGGCAGGGUUCAAGGGAAGGCGCAUCUUUCCGAGGGCGAGCAAGAAGUCGAGCCUGCCCAUGGUCGAGGGCAGCCCGGUGAAGGGUGGUGGUGCGGAGAGCAGUGGUGCGGGCGAGGCAGAAGAAGCUAUUAACAAGGUAGGCGCUUCGAUCAUCGCACAGGCGGUCGAGCGGGAGCAGGACGCAGACAAAUCGGUGUGUGCGGAAGCGUCAGAGACUGGUGAAGACUCUUCCAUGCCGGCCCCGCCUCCCAGGGCGGGCGCGGACGAGCCUCCCGCGCCGGAAUACGCGAAUGCGUCUGCGGCCGUCGCCCAGACCCUCAAGCGCGAUCCCACCCGGCGGGCCUCGCUCGCCCUGCAGCUCGUGCGCGAAGCACACUCUACCCAGCCGCCGCAGACCCCCAUCGCGUCCUCCAGCAAGGAGCAGGGCAACCCGUCGACAGCCUCGCCUGCGCUCGCGAAGCGCCAUACGCCUGCGACGGGAGCCUUCCGCGCGCCGCCGACGUCGUUCCACCCCUUUAACUUGCGAGAGCGGCCGGAGCCGAAGAGCGCGCCGAGCGUACUGAAGCGGUCCGCGUCGGGCGCGCAUGUCUCGGGGAAACGGGGUUCUGGUGAGGGGAGCGGGAGUGGGAAUGGAACGCCGAGUAAGAUGAGCGGGGUGCUGAGGGAUUGCACGGUGUUCGUGGAUGUGCGGACAGAUGACGGGGAUGAUGCGGGUGCGCUAUUUGUGGACAUGUUGGCGGACAUGGGGGCGAAGGUCUUGACUCGCGUCGGGCAGACGUGCACACAUGUGAUCUUCAAGAACGGGUUGCUCAGCACUCUGACGCGCUAUCGGUUGCUCAAGGAGCCCCGACCACUUGUGGUGGGCAUCGCAUGGGUCGUGGAGUGCGCAGAGCAGUGCACCCGCGUCGACGAGGGUAAAUUCGUGAUCAGCCUCGACGGAGUCAACGUCGCUGGCACACAGAAGCGACGACGGUCCAUGCUUCCCCGGCAAUUCUCAACGCUACAAUCAGCAGAGGGGGAUGCUCAAGGCACCUCCCCACCCGAUGCCACCAGUCCGAAGUUCAGCUUUGUACCCCGGGUGGCCAGCCCGUCCGCGACGCCGGAUGCCCAGCGGUCUUCUUCACCAUCGGUUGCUGAUACGGAUGAAGCGAACCGCAGCGGCUCUAGCCUAUCAUUACUCCCGCUGCAGAGAGCAAGACAGCACAAGGGUAUUUCAUGA